GACUCGUUGUUAAAAUUAAAUAGGGUUUCUGAAGAAAAUCCCAAUUGCCUUCCGCGUUGCUUUUUUUGUGUGAAUUUCCCCUCGUCCUUGAAAAGGUUGUUCCAAUUGUUACAGGAUCUGGAUUCAGGUUUUGAUUCUUCCUCUGUUCAGUAGAUGUCUGGUAAAGAAGAAAAAGGUGGUGCACAGGAUGCAGCAGAAAGAAUCAAGGCUGCAACUCUUUCAGCUGCUAAGGGGCUUAGUCGUUCUCAAGCAGAACGUGCAGCAGCUGCUGCAGCACGCAAUGUAAAUGCGUAUGGGCAGAAGGAAGAAGGGCCAAGUAGAUGGCAAGAAAGGAAAGAAGCAAAGCGGCAAAUGUAUCUGAUGAGUACAGAAAAACAAGUGAGGCUGGGUGAAAGGAAAGACCAAAAAUCUUCAAUGUCAACAGCCACUCAUUGUCAGAAGUGUUUCCAACCUGGGCACUGGACAUAUGAGUGUAAAAAUGAAAGAGUUUACAUUUCACGGCCCUCACGCACUCAGCAGCUGAAAAACCCCAAAUUGAGAAUGCGGGGUCCAGUUUCAUAUGAUUUGGAUAACCCGGAGAUUGAGAAAGUUGAUAAGAAGAAGAAGAAGCAUAGUAGUAAAAGUAAGAAUAAUAAAAGGAAGCAUAAUAACAGCGAUAGUGAAGCUUCAGUGUUUGAAUCUGAUAGCGAGUCUUCAUCACUUACUGGGUCUGGUUCUUCUUCUGAAGAUAGUGAUUCAAGUUACACUUCAUCUUCCGACUCUGGAGAAGAGAGAAAGAGAAGGAAGAAGAACAAGAAGAAGGUGAAAGAACAGAGGAAAAGGAAACAGCGUCGGCAUAGUUCAAGUUCCGAGUCAUCUGAGUCGGAAUCGGAAUCCGAAUCCGAAUCAGAGUCGGAAUCUGAUUCUGAUGACAGCAGAAACAGGAAGAAGAGCAAAAGGCAUAGCCGAAGGCGUUGAAUUGUGCAUCAUGUUACUAUUGGUAUUUGAAAAUUGAAAUCGAGGUUGACGAAGCAUCCGAACCUGGGGAUUUGAUAUUUACUAUUUGUUUGUAUUGCUUGAACUUAAAUUCCUUUUCCUUCAUAUGAUACUUGUAGGCUUUAGCAUUAUGAAAAAAAAAACCCUUUUUAAGUCGAU